CGAAAAACGUAUAGACAUCUCAAUGAAAACAAAACACUCUUUAAACCACGAUAUAAAUUUCAUAUUCUUGGUUACCAUUUCAUAUUAAUAAACACAUAACAAACCAUCAGGACAAAACAGCUCAUGAUGGUACGGCUAAUAAAUAUAUAGAUACCAACCACUAUCACAUAACCACGUGUACUUAAUUACUACACCUGGUACUCAAGCCACAGGCUUACCACAACAUAAAAAUAUCACAUAAUAAUAAUAGCUUCGGUAUAUUUUUCUCCGAGAUCUUCUUCAUUUCUUUAACCUGUCUGGCUCUGGCAGAUGAAAUGAAACAAGAACCAAGUAUUAGAACAACACGCGGUAUCGUCCUUGGAUCAAGUGGAUCAGAUGGAGAUUACAGUGCUUCCUUCUAUGGGAAAUCGGAUGGUUUAAGCUACAGCCCAGAUCUAGGCCAAUAUGGUUCAGGAGGAGGGUAUAAUAUCGGCAGCGGAAUAUUCAAUGUUAUGGAAGAAAACAACCCAAUCCACAGCUUUGGAGAUGGCAGCGUCGGCGGUCAUAAUUUUGUGAGGCAUGCAAUUGGCGAAUAUUAUAACGGCGGACUCAGCCAAGCAGGGCUACCUCUUGGAGAAGGAAGCAUAGAUGGUCAUCAUUUUGAAUUAGGAGGAGUCGGUGGUAUAAUUAAUCAUAACGUUAUAGGAAGGCAUUAUGAAACCAACUACGAAGGAGGCGGGAACAAUGGAUAUGCAGGAGAAUAUGAAGGUGGUUACGAUGCAAGUAGUUUAUCAUUAAAAACUCAUGGGGAACCAUACGUACACGAAACCACUAAAGCUGUGCCAGUUCAAAAAACUUUAAACAUCCCUGUACAUCACCCUGUACACCAGGCAAUAGGUAUACCCAUACCAAUUAAGGUGCCCGUACCUUACACCAUCAAGAUUCCGAUUCCAGUUCAAGUUGAGAAAACUGUGAAUGUUCCAGUUGAGAAGGUGACGCACUACCCUGUUGAGAAGCCAGUCCCCGUCAAAGUGGUAAAGAAGAUUCCUGUCCCUUACUCCAAACCAUACCCAGUGCCAUACCCAGUAUAUAAGGUCAGAUAUGUCUACCAUACGAAGAAAAUUAAUCAUGGACAUCAUCGUCACGAUCAUCAUUACUAAAUUAAAUGAAAAAAAGUUUAUAAGUUGUCCAUAAAUUGUAAAUAAUUUGUUGUUUUGUUAAUUUUUGUACAUAAUAGUUUUUAGGAAAUACACUGUUAAAU